GGGUUUCGGGACGGGCGGACCAAGAUGGCGGAGCGCGGCUACAGCUUCUCUCUCACCACCUUCAGCCCUUCUGGAAAGCUUGUUCAGAUUGAAUAUGCUUUGGCGGCUGUUGCAGCAGGAGCCCCAUCGGUCGGAAUUAAAGCUGCAAAUGGCGUAGUGCUGGCGACAGAGAAAAAGCAAAAGUCCAUUCUGUAUGACGAACGAAGUGUACACAAAGUAGAGUCCAUCACCAAACAUAUCGGCUUGGUAUAUAGUGGCAUGGGCCCUGAUUACAGGGUCCUCGUCCACAGAGCACGCAAACUGGCCCAGCAAUACUACCUGGUGUAUAAUGAGCCUAUUCCAACAGCUCAGCUCGUUCAGAGGAUUGCUUCCGUGAUGCAAGAAUACACGCAAUCUGGGGGCGUACGACCGUUUGGAGUAUCUUUGCUAAUAUGUGGAUGGAACGAAGGACGGCCGUAUUUAUUCCAGUCUGAUCCCUCUGGGGCUUACUUUGCAUGGAAAGCAACUGCAAUGGGAAAGAAUUAUGUGAACGGGAAGACUUUUCUUGAAAAGAGGUAUAAUGAAGAUUUGGAGCUGGAAGAUGCCAUUCAUACAGCUAUCUUGACAUUAAAGGAAAGUUUUGAAGGGCAAAUGACAGAAGACAACAUAGAGGUUGGCAUCUGUAACGAGGCAGGAUUUAGAAGACUCACUCCAACAGAGGUUAAGGAUUACCUGGCGGCGAUUGCCUAGUGAGGGGUCGAGGAAAACUGA